AUGACAAUGAAACACUUCUUAUUUUUGGCUGCUGCUGCUGCUGGUUUUCUGCCUGUUUUGACUGUAAGAGCAAAACUAGCGAUGGUUCCAUAUGGUACAAUCCUUACUGAAUUGGCAGUUGUCCAAGAAGAAAUUGUUAAUUUACAUAAUUCCUUCAGGAGACGAGUAGUUCCAGUAGCCAGCAACAUGCUGAAAAUGAGUUGGAAUGAAGAAGCUGCAGAAAAUGCCAGAAUAUUGUCAAAGGAUUGUGACUUGGCAGAGAGCAAUGCACUUAGGAGGCGAAUUACAAAUACUUUCUGUGGAGAAAAUAAGCAUUUGACAUCUUAUGCUAUUUCAUGGUCAGACGUAAUUGGAAUCUGGUACAAUGAGUCUAAAUAUUUUCGAUAUGGCUUCUGGUCACCAAUGGAUGAGGAGAAAACAUUUGAACAUUAUGCUCAGAUUGUUUGGGCUUAUUCUUACCUCAUUGGCUGCGGCGUGUCACCAUGCUGCAAAAGAACAUCACCUCAAUAUCUCUAUGUUUGUCAUUAUUGCCAUGAGGGAAAUGAACCUGGCAUAAAAAAUCAACCUUAUAUGCUGGGAAUUCCAUGUGAAGCCUGUCCAAAUAACUGUGAAGAUAAACUUUGUACUAACCCGUGCAUCUACUAUGAUGAGUACACUAACUGUAAGAUGCUAAAACAGGUGCAUGGAUGCAGCCACCAGACAGUUAGACUAUUGUGCAAAGCCAGUUGUCUUUGCGGCAAAGAUAAAAUAAGUGCUGCUGGUUUCAGCUAGAGUGUGAUGCUGAGGAAACGUCCCCUGGAUUGUAUCUUUUCCCUUAAUUUGCUUCGGUAGCUUCUGCUAAAUUUCAUUUGGUUUUAAUUAUACUUGAGAUCCCAGUUUUUCACUAAUGAUAUGUGGGCAUCAGAUAUUUACAUCAAUGCCACCCAUUCCUGUCUUGAUACAUCCUGAAGUAAUAUUGUUUUCAAUUUUCUCACUCUGCAGUGAAAGGUCUAGUUCAACAUCAGCCUCAUAUUUAAAUCUUGUGAUUUAAUAACCUUGUGAUUAGACUUCUCACGUUGACAUAACUCAGUUGAGGGCACCCCUGGGUCCCUCUUCCUCUCUUUAACUCCUUCCCCUGCUUUUUCGCACAUCCCACCAACCAGAUGUUUGUCU